UAAAUAAAUGCAAAAUCAAAAUGUGCAAUGCCUAAUACGUAAAGCGUACCGAUGAGCGAGAAGCGGCAAACAAAAUAUAGCGUAUGUGCAUUAAUAAAAUGAUUUGCGGUUGCGUGAAGCAGCGUCUUUUCCGCAAUUAGCUACUAAAAUACACUGAAAAUAAACAAACACAAAGUGCGGAGGCAAUACAAACAACAACAAUUUUGAAUUUGAAAUUAAUCAAUGCAAACAGCGUGCGCACACUGUCUGUAAUUAAAUAAGUUGGCCAGUUCUGUUUACUUGUUGAGAGACCGACAACUGCGCGCGUUUGGCCCAACUGCAAACCCGGGUUAAUUGGAUUAGGGCCCAAAAGCGGGGCAGCGGCUGUGCCUGAGGCUGAGGUUGAGGCUCUGGCGGUGGCGGAGGCGGUGGCGGCGGCAGGCGUCGGGCGCAAUCGGUUAGUUGGUUAGUUGCAAAAAGUUGAUCGGCCUUAGCAAUGGCAACGACACAGCAAUAUUCGCUGCGCUGGAAUAACUAUUUGCGGCAUUUGACCUACUCGCUGGACAACCACAGGCUGAACGAUGACUUUGUUGAUGUCAGCCUGUGCGUGGACGGGCGCAAGAUCAAGGCGCACAAGGUGGUGCUCAGCUCGUGCUCAUCGUAUUUUAAGGAGAUAUUCAAAGAGAAUCCGCAUCCACAUCCAGUCAUUAUAUUUAAGUUUAUCAAAUUCGAAGAUCUCAACUCAAUAGUCGAGUUUAUGUAUCAGGGCGAGGUGAAUGUGCAACAAGAGGCGCUGCAAUCCUUUCUGCAGACCGCCGAACUGCUGGCCGUGCAAGGCCUGACCGCUGAGGAGAAGGAGAAACCGCAGCUGCCGGUGGCGCCGCUCAUAAGCGAUCACAAGCUCAUCAAGACGAUACCCAGCACGAUACGCGCCGUCAACGAGCAGCAGCAGCAGCAACACCAUCAGCAUCAGCAGCAUCAGCAGCAGCAGCAGGUGGCUGUUGCAAGCAUCGCUCAAGCGCAGAGCGCCACACAAACCAUCGAAAUACCAACGGCCACGCUGUUGCAGGCAACGGCAACGCAGGUUCAAACGCAGGUCGCUGCUGCCGCGGCGGCUCAGCUGCAGGUGCAGCAGACCCAACAGCAGCAGCAGCAGCAGCAGCAACAACAACAACAGCAGCAGCAGCAGCAUCAUCAUCAUGUACAAAGCACCCAAAUACAACACAUUCAAGUUCAGGCGGCGCCGCCCCAGCAACAACAUCAACAGCAGCAACAGCAACAGCAACAGCAGCAGCAGCAGCAACAACAACAACAGCCACAGCAGGCCGCAGCGCAGGCGCAGCACCUGACCAUCACGAAUACGGUAUCGCUGCCCGCAGCGAACACCGUCAAGAAGCGCAAGAUCACCUUCUCCGAUGAUGAUGACAAUAUCUACACCACCGAAACGGUCGACUAUGCCGUCAAGGACGAACAGACCAUUGUGAAAACUGCUGAGAUGACAUUUCUACGCGGCGCCGUCAAAAUGGACAUACCCGACUAUAUAGUCAGUGAGGUGGACGAUCGUUUAUCGGACGGUGCGACGCCACAAACGUCACAGGACGCGACCACAGCGGCCGCACAGACUGUGGCGCAAUACUCUUCCGAAUACGAGAUCCUAACCGAGUCUGAAAUCGAGGAGAAAUAUCAAGCAGAUCCCGAGAAUGCCGAAAUUGCCAUCGAAAUGACACGCCUGUUGAGCACAGCGAGCGGCGCAACAACCACAACCACCGCACAGGCGGUUCUGGAGGAUCCUAGCGCCGCGCCGACGGGUGCCACAACCACCGUCUCGGUGACGCCAGUCAAAACUGACAACAAAGCCAGCGGCACCAAUGAUUCACCCAAUAAUAAAUGGACAGAAUGUCAAUUUUGCAAAAUGGUUAUUACCACGGUGAAUCUUUGGAGACAUAUUCGCACCCAACAUACGCCCCAACCGCCGCGCAAAUGCGAUCUCUGCAAUAAGAAUUUCAAAAACAAAUACAGCCUCCGCGAGCACAUACGCAUCUCCCAUGAGCAGAAGGUGGCCAUCAAGACGGAGAACUGAUGGACGAUCUUUCAGGUGCAGCACGGCGUCAAUUGAAUAUCCCACGCGGCACGGAACCAAUGCGAGCGAGACGGAGCAUACUAACUAGAAAGAGAGGGCGAGACGGAGACAGAGCGACAGAGAGAGAGAGAGAGAGAGAGAGAGAGAUAGAUAGAACAUUACGUCCAACAAAGAAACAAAUGCUGCAAGUGGCAAGACAUUUGUGUGGAACCACCCAAAUAAAGAAAAACAACAAAUAAUAAUGUAAAGCAAACAAAACUUAAAGAAAAUACAAAAAAA